AUGAAUGUAGGUCUGGUUCUUGACUUGGAUUAUUUGGAUGCCAAGAUUGCAUUGAGCUGCAUCAACAUGGCCCUUUCAGACUUUUAUGCGUCUCAUGGUGACUACAAAACCAGACUGAUCCUCACCACCAGGGACUCGAAGAAAGAUGCGGUCGGUGCAGCUGCUGCAGCUCUGGACUUGAUAAAAAAUGUGGAAGUGCAAGCAAUCUUAGGGCCAACAACAUCAAUGCAAGCCAAUUUUGUUAUUGACCUUGGAGAAAAAGCUCAGGUUCCCAUCAUAUCAUUUUCGGCAUCAAGUCCUUCUCUUACUUCAGUCAGGAGACCGUAUUUUUUUCGAGCAACACAAAAUGACUCGACUCAAGUGAAUGCCAUAAGGGCAUUAAUUCAAGCCUUUGGAUGGAGAGAAGCAGUACCCAUCUAUGUAAACAAUGCAUAUGGAGAGGGAACAAUACCUUAUUUGACUGAUGCUUUGCAGGCAGUUGAUGCUUUUAUCCCCUAUCAGAGUGUCAUUUCUCCAUCAGCCACUGAUGAUCAAAUUUAUGAGGAGCUUUACCAGCUGACGACAAUGCAAACUAGGGUUUUCAUUGUCCACAUGUAUCGCUCUCUUGGCACUCGGCUUUUUGCCAAAGCGAAAGAGUGUGUAAUGAUGAGUGAAGGCUAUGUUUGGAUUGUGACUGAUGGUCUGACGGCUGAUUUGUUGAGUUCAUCAAAUCCUUCUGUCACUGAAACAAUGCAAGGGGUAUUGGGUGUUAAACCUUAUGUUCCAAGAACAAAAGAGCUUGAAAGUUUUCGAGUUCGGUGGAAAAGGAAAUUCCUACAAGAUAAUCCUAAUAACAUUGAUUCUGAGUUGAACAUUUAUGGACUAUGGGCCUAUGAUGCUAUGACAGCAUUGGCCAUGGCAAUUGAGAAAGCUAGAACUACAACUUUUGGCUUCAGAAGGGCAAAUGUUUCUAGCGAUUCAUCAAUGGAUCUUGCAACUCUUGGCGUCUCUUUAAAUGGUCCAAACCUUCUUCAAGCAUUUUCAAGCACUAGUUUCAAAGGUCUUGCAGGAUAUUUCGUUUUUGUUAAUGGGCAGUUGCUACCAUCGGCAUUCCAAAUAGUUAAUGUGAAUGGAAAUGGUGGAAGAGAUAUUGGAUUUUGGACACCAAAAGAACUUGUCAAAACAUUGAACUCAAGAACCAACGAAAAUACGUUCGCAUCUUUUAAUUCCAAUCUUUUAACUAUUAUAUGGCCCGGAGAUGAAACUUCUAUUCCAAAGGGUUGGGAAAUUCCAACAAAAGGAAGGAAGUUGAGGAUAGCAGUGUCAGCGAAGGGUGGAUUCAUUCCCAACUAUAACACAACAAAACUUUUUGGAUACAGCAUGAUCGUUCCCAACAUAGACAACAGGAGAAAAACUGCAUGGGUUUUCUUGAAGCCUUUUACAUGGGACCUUUGGGUUGCAAGGGAGAAGAGCAUUAGCAACCUGUCUGGAGUAGUGGUAAUCAUAUCGUGUCUUGUUGGGCUGAUCCUCACGCAGAGUUACACCGCCAUUUUAGUUAGCCUACUUACAGUUCAGCAGCUGCAGCCUACAAUUACUGAUGUACAUGAGCUUAUUAACAAGGGUGAAUACGUGGGCUACCGGAAAGAUUCUCCUGUUAGGGAAAUCUUAUUAGAUUUAGGCUUCAAUCAGUCUGAACUCAUGGAGUAUAAUUCUGUGGAAGAAUGCGACAAACUGUUCUCGAUAGGAAGUAGGAAUGGUGGUAUUGCUGCUGCUUUUGAUGAAGUGCAAUGGACGAUGCUCUUUCUGUCAAAGUAUUGCUCCAAAUAUACCAUGAUUGAUCCUAGACUUAAAACGGGAGGAGGUUUUGUCUUUCAUGAAAUUAAGCAUAAGGAGGAUGUAUGGUUUGGCGAACAAAGCAGCUAUCCAGAUUCCAACACCUCAACUUCAUCCAAUAGCCUUAGCCUCGAGAGUUUCUGGGGGUUAUUUUUAUUUGCAGGAAUAGCUGCACUGUUGGCUCUCUUUAUCUUCACACUCAAGUUUGUUUACCAGGAAAGAAGAGUACUCUUUAGUCCCUCUGAUUCCAGAACUUCAAUAUGGACUAGAAUUCGAAGUUUGUUCAGAAUCUUCAAUCAAAGGGACUUAACAUGCCAAAAUUUCAGACAAGGCCAAAUGAAUGACAAAAGUGACAUUAAUCUGCGAAGAAUGGGCUCGCAAACUCCGUCGGCCGAUUCAGUUCAUAGAGAAUUUCCUGGAGAUCCAUCCUCUACAGAAGAUGAUUCGGGUCCAGAUAGUCAAACACCUCAGGAGUACCGUAGACUGAAACGAGGCUCUCCACAUAAGUAUGAGCUGCGGCAUGAAAUUCAUGCUGAACAAGAGAAAUCUGCCGUAAGUUCUCAGUGCACUUCUAGCAGCAUUCCACAAGAACCAGAAUCAAAACCAAAGCCUAAGAUCCUUCUAGUAGAAGAUAACAAGAUCAAUGUAAUGGUGACGAAAUCAAUGAUGAAGCAGUUAGGCCAUACCAUGGAUGUUGUGAACAACGGAGCUGAAGCUGUGCGUGCAGUUCAGUCCUGUUUUUACGAUCUCAUUUUGAUGCAUGCUGGUUAUAAUGGCCUUCAAGCUACACAAUUGAUUCGUUCUUUUGAAGAAACUGGCAAUUGGGAUUCUGCUAUUAAAGCUGGAAUAGAGCCAUGUGCACCAUCCUCAGCUUCAUUACAAGAUGGCCAGAUUUCUGUUCAUUAUGAUAAGCGGAUUACUAUAAUUGCGCAAUGUUGCUUGGUUUCUAUACCAGCCGAUUUAUGGUUAUCAGAUAGUGCAGAGGAAUUCUAUGCUAAUGGUAUGGAUUCAUUUGUUUCAAAGCCUGCAAUCUCUGGGUUCUUGUUAAGUUUGGAUUUGAAAGAAAUGGCAGAGAAGUCUCCACAAAUAAUAAGGUACAGAAGGUAA